AUGGUAUCUAGUGGACACAAAUGUCAGUUCCCGCGGUGCAUCGCGAAAUAUCAACGGAAAGAGCAUCUCAGUCGCCACGAGGCGCAACAUACCCGGCGUCGGGUUCUGCAGUGCCCAACCUGUGCCCGCGAGUUCGGCCGAAGCGACACUCUCCGACGACAUAUUCUGAGAGUACAUGGCGUACCUGAGCUCACCCCUCAAAUCAAAAAGGCAUGCACACAUUGUCGAAACCAGAAGAUCCGGUGUCAUGGCGGGCCACCAUGUGCCAACUGCCAGCGUCGCGAAAUUGAGUGUUCGCUUGCGCGGCGGGAGGAGACAGCGACAGACACACGACCGACGAUCCGUCAAUCUAUUCCCCAGCAACCUAGGCAACGUCGCACGGAACUUGAAGACCGCUUUAUAGGCAUCUAUUUCGAUGUAUUUCACUCGCAGUGGCCGUUCAUUCAUCGGGGCACGUUUAUUGAAUAUGAGACUCCUUUACUCGUUCAGUCGAUGGUUGCUAUCGGGUUGUGGAUGAGUGGGGAAGAGAAGGAGAAAUCCAAAGCGAUCGACCUGCAUAAUGUGCUUGGGAAGGCUAUUCGACAACAGACGGAACAAUGGGACGGCUCCGAAUCAGAGCACGCAACCCCUGCAUGCAAAUGGCCUAUCCCAACAUACCAAGCGAUGCUGCUCCAUAUAAUCUCUGCCGGAAUGAUGAAAAGCAGCGUGACAUCCCUCCAACAACACCUAAAACCCUCUCUUCCACCUGUCGAGGCCGAUCUCCUUCACAGACUUGUUGCGAGCUGUAAAAGACUCGGAAUGCUCUACUAUCCAAACAUCCUCACCCGCUUCUCCACGAAGGAGCCGGAGGCGUAUGUCUGGGUCAGUAUCGAGGAGAUCAAACGUUUCAACUUGGCCUUAUUUAAGCUUUGCAGUGCUGUCAGCGCUCCUUCACCUGAGCCAGGGGACGGGGACGGCAUAGACAGCUUGACAGUGGGUAGUAGAGACGAAGCAGGGAAAUGGGGCUUGUUGGCACGCGAGUUGCAAUUCCCAUUGCCGAGCAAUACGCCAUUGUGGAAUGCUCUCACUCCAGAGGAAUGGUUUGCUGCCGAUACCCCGGAUGUGUACCGGCAUAGUCUGCAUGACAAUCUGGAACAAGAUUGGAUCUCGAGGUCUGCGGAUGUCUUGGAGCUGAUUAGGACUUGAUGUGUAUUAUUCUGUACAGUGCCGAACGGUAUUGCAUUUCAUACAUGUUAGAUAUAU